AGAACGGAGGAGGGGGAUGUGGGCGGAGCUACGGUUUUAGGUCCAGGUGGUCGAGUCUGCGUGGAAAAACGCAUCAAAUACUCGGGAAGAAGUGAGCGUCGUUAACCAAAAAAGCUCAAGCCAUAGCUCCUGGUACCUGCCUGAAUGAAUAAUCUUCCCUGAAAGGUAGCAUCCAAGACCUGUAGCGUUGGUUGUGCGUCGCAGCAGAACGGAGAAGACGGGCCCGAGUAGUUAUUCGGGGUUUAACAUCUAGAUUUUUCAUCCAAGAAGGAAAGUUUUUUUCGAUCAAGAGCAGAACGGCGGGUUGUGGAGCGACAAGUGGAGCUAUGUUCAGGAAAAGCAAGAGUAAAGUGCUGGUGGAUUAUGCGUCAGAGGAAGACGACAUGUCCUGGCACUAUCAUCACUCUUAUAAGGUAAGGAAAGGACAGGGCAGAAAACUUUGGGAGCUGAUAUUAGGUGUGAUCAUGAGGGGUAAAGAUGCGCAAAAUGAUGGUGCGUAGCUCUCUGAAAAUAUGUGCCCCUCUUCUUCAGCCUUUCUUCACUUGUUAAGGUGUUUCCUCUCAGGAUAAAUGUCAGAGUAUAAUUUAAAAAGGUUAAACAGUGUAACAGAAGAAGAAUGAUUGAAAAUUUGUUGUUGUUCAACAAAACCCCCGCUUUUAUUAUGUUACUUGUGGAUAUUUAUACAGCGAGUCGUAAAUUAUAUAGAAACUGACUAAAAAAUACAGGAAGAGAUCAUAAUUUGACACAAACCCGGUUUAACAAUUAUGGUCAUGGUUCUUUUCAAACCGCUCUAUUGAGGUUGUUAAACUUCUUUAAAAUUACCUCAUGCUGUCAACUUCAGAAUACGAUGCAGAGGAAAGAGGAGAAGGAAUAGGAAGAGAAGGAGGAAGAGCGUUUGACUGGGGUGGGAGAGGGGAUAUCUCCUUAGCAGAGCUGCCAAACCAUUCUCAUUUUCUAAUAUCAAGCAUAAAACACACAUUAUCAUACAUAUUCUUUUAUUAGAAACAUUUAUUUUUCAUGGAAUACAAUAUAUCUAUUGUGAAUAUACAGAACUUUUGGUUAACUAGAGUAACUUUUACCUGUGAACAUAAAGAAGUUCAUAAAUUCCAGUGUGGAAUAAUAGAAUCCUUAACCAUAUAAACUUUGGUUAAGAUAACUAUUGGUGUACACACAGAAAUAUGUAGAUCAUAUAACACAGUUUAACAUACAGUAUGCAUGGACAAAAAGAGGUGUAAAAACCACCAGGGCUUAAUCUAGGCUCUCUCCAGCACAUAGAUUACAUUAAAGCCCCUGUGAGGAGUUUUGUGACAUUUUUCAAAUAGCCUUAAAUUCAUACUAAUGCCUCUUUAUAGUAUACAAAAACAAACAAGACCAUUUUUAUAUCAUAAUUCUGCCUCAAAUUGUGUGGGGGGGUAGGUGCCCACCAUUCAGCCAAAGAAUUAGACCUGUUUUUAAAAUUACUGCAUAAAACCAGACCAGACAAACAAAAACUGCUUUGUCUACGGAGAAUGCAAAAUUGACACAAACAGAUAGUUAAUCACAGGAGCUUUAAACAGGUCUUAAGAAAAGACAGAAAAGGGGAAAACUAAACAAAAAAUUACAUAUUUCAAAAAAAACCAGUCGGUAAAAGCAGAAAAGAAGGACACACAAUGACAGCAGACCAACAUAAAACAAGUAUGCAAAGUAAAUGUAAUGAGGAUAGAUUGGUUGUUUAUGAAGAUGAUCCCAAUGGACAACAUGGCAAAGUCAAGGGCAAAUCUUUAACAGCUCUCUUAAACUAGUUCUUAAAAUGAGUUUGCAAAGCAUUACAUAGUACUGCACAUCUGUAAAUUGGACUAAACUAGCAAGCUUGAGCUUGGUAGAAAAUUAUAAAAAUGAAUUACAGUGAAAGUACAGUUCAUAAUAGACUGGAGGAUGGAUCUUGUUUAGAGGGCUGUACACAAAUAAAGCAAACUGUACUGGAGUUGGUUGACUUGAUAAACAGUGAGGAUGCCUGAUCUCAAAAACAAAACUUGAGAUGAAUGAGUUGUAUGUACACAGUGGAUGACCUUUGUACUUUUCUGAGGACAGACAAAAGAACAAGUUCAGCUGGAUGAGUGCUUCCACAUACAGAGUCAAGGCCAUGUAUUUGUAGAUAAACCAAACAGUCAUUUAAAAUCUGCCAUGUUUAUUAUAGGUCAGACUAUUCCCAAGAAUACUCUUGACUAUUUUGGUUGUGACUCUACUAAUUUGUUUUCCAAGACAGAGGCUCAUCAAGUUGUACAUGAGAAAGGUGUGACUGAACUUUGCCAAUAGUGAUACCAUUUAUUUUUAUUCUUAAGUACUGAUCUUUAUUCCCAUUGAGUACUGAAUAAAACACAACAGGUUUACUUAAUAUUGAGAGAUAACUUAUCACAACUACACCAACUAUUUAACAUGAUGGGUCCUUGAUUUAAUUCUUAAAGUUAUUCUAUUGGAGUCUAAAUGAGUAUGAAAAAACUCUGUUGUGUCACAUAUCAAAGUUGUUUGGAGCAUUACAUCAUAUAUAAGUCAAAAAAGAUAAUGGCCCAAGAACUGUUUCUUAAAGUACACCACAAGUGAUACUGCAAAGAGAUGAGCUCAUUCUCCUCUUAAAUGUUUUCUCUGACUCAGUUAUUUUACAAGAUGAAAUAGCAAAAAUAGCAUCCACUUGUCUUAAUUUAGAAUAUGAGAUAUGGAUGCACACACUCCUUUAUCCAAUUCAACUUACGCACAUUCAGGUUAGCAGCCAUGUGUGAGGUCCGAGUGUUUCUUUAUCAUCCAUAACAGCCUUUCCAAGCAGCUGGACUCUGUCAAGGUGUUUUGGGGGUUACAGAGAGUGAGAAUCCAAGAUAAGAAACACACACACACACACACACACACACACACACACGCACGCACGCAUGUGUCUCUGGAAAGGUUUAAGGCUCCCAGAGGCUCUGUUUCAUAAGAAAUAGCAUGCUGACAUGUUUAUUUCUUUAGUUCCUUGUACAGUCCUCCUCAGUGGGACUGUUUAUAACUGAUGUCCAUGACAAAAAUCAUAAUGUCUGACUAUUUAAAUUUAUUUGCAGUGGUUUUAUUCACAGAGUAAAGCAGAGACAGAGUGAUCAAAUUUCAAGUUAGUAGUUUUAUGUUUGAACAGUUGGUGAUAAUUUGUAUGAUCUGAGUGUAAAAAAUGUACAAUGAACCUUGUUAGUUAUUUUAAUCAGGGUGCUGACAAACAAGUUUCAUUUUAUAAAAGUUACAUAUUGAAUACAGUUGGAGAAAAAAACUGCCAACACUUUUUCCCAACAUUUUUCAACUGCAGUUUUUGUAAUGUCUCAGUCUGUGACCCUUAGCUGGGUUUUAUUAUUCUGUCUUAACAUCCACCCUGGGAACCAACAUAUGUGGCCCUCAACCUACGUCAGUCUCACAUUUUUAGUCUGUUUUUAUUCGUCAACAAAGCUACUCUGUAGAUACAAGCUGAUCUCAGAUCACAGAAAAAAAGGCUCUAGAAUUCCUGGUAAAGUCAUCAGGAAAGUCUCCUCCAGUUACCAUGGCAAUAAAGUACAUCCAGGGGUCAGGGGUUAGAUCCAAACAUGCUGUAAAGGCAGAGGAGAAAGGCAGUAAUAAUUUAUAACAGUUGUAAUGGUAAGAGAAAUAUUGAUAAAUAGAUUUAAAGUGGAUAUUUUUAGCGACUAAUCAAUGAGCUGUCCAAUCCAAGUUGGUUUAUUUGACUAUCUGACCAUAAAAGAACAACAAACCUUCAUAGAUGAGGGGCUAAAAUCUGAUUCCUGGCUUUGCAUGAAAAAUGAAUAAUAAUAUUGAAUCUUUACCAUACAAAAGUACUGCAAGUUUCGUUUAUUUCAAUUAAUCAGAAAAAGACACUUUUAUAGAUAAGUUUUUAUCAGGGAAAAUUCACAGUAUAUGGGGCACCAUGGCAACAGGUCUUCUGUUUUUACCACAACUGAAGGUUCUUGGAUAUUUUCAUGAAACCACAUCUGAUAAAUAGACACAAAAUAGAAAAACAUGGUUAUUAACAUGUUUUUGGUUUUAAUAAAUAUAACAUCCUGCACUGUUUAUCAUCAUGUGGACAUGCACAAUAUUAACAUCGGCAGAUAAUAACAUUUCCGCUGAUAUGUGGUGGUCCAUUAAAACUGGUACACAUUCGUUUUCUUUGGUAAACAUCAAAGUAAACUUUAAACUGCCAUCUUGAAAAGCCAGAACCAUAAUGACACAUUUGUCACUGAUGUUAAAAUUAAAUAUUUUUUGUCUUGCUUUAUUUCUUAAACAAGUAGACAGCCACAGUAAGAGUAACAGGUAAAUUCCAGCACAGGAAAGACUUGGUGUUCUGUAUUAAAAUAAGGUGUAUAUAAAAUGAGAAAGGCCAAAAUGAGUUUGAUUGUUUUGGCAUAUCAGAUGUCAACAAAAGUCCAAUAUUGCGUAUCUGUAUGAUCCUGCAUUAUUUGAAAAAGAAAAAGUUCAUUUGUGGAGUACUGAGUUAUAGUAUUAGGUAGGUUGGCUGGCCAGCAUACUUGCAGAUGCGACUUUUAUUUUAAAGUUUCUUUUAGGGCUAAAUGCCUUAAAAGAGAGGUUAGUAGGUUAGAGUAGAAAAGAGAGUUGGAAAUAACAUGUGACAAAGCGACUCAGGCUGGAGCUGAGGCUUUGCUGCCUGCUUCAGUACCUUUAUUCCCUUGUACAUAGGGUGUAGAAUUUAAUCUCUGAGCCAAACCAGUGUCCUGCGAAUACUACCUUUUAGGCACAAUUGGAAACUGAUACCAAUCCUGGUAUUGGUUUUAGUAUGACUCUUGCCACACAGUAAGGGGAAGUAGAGAGAAAUAUAUACCACAUACAGCAUGUAAAAAAGUGUAAACAGUCUCAGAAACAAAUAACUGAUGAAUCCAAAAUAAAUCCUUAUUUUUUCCUCCACAUCAUUUCCCCUAAUCAGAUAGAUAAUCACCAAAUCUAAAUCUUUACUGGUUUCACUCUUUAGAGUGUUGCUCUAAUUCUCUUUUUAUUUGUGGAGUUGAUGCUUUUCACAACUCCAACAAUGUAAUUUCUCCAUUACCAACCAAAAUUUUUAGCAUUCUUUUUUUUAAAUUACUUUUGGUUUUUCAGACAAGCUUCAGUGUUUUUGUUUUCAUGGAAAUAUGUAAUUCAAGCCGGGAAAAUCUGUAGAAUUUAAGUCUUGUUGGAUUCACUAUUGUGUGUGAAGACUGAAGUAGCAGAAGUCAGGAGUCAUACUCAUGGACAAACAUUAAUUGUCCAUGGAACCCACAGGCCUGGUUUUUAGUUUGUAGCCUGUUCUGCUACUGUUUUAUAAACAAAGUACUACAGGUUGUCUCUAGUAUAUAAAAGCAUACUAGGUCCCUUUCUUUCAGCUUCCUGUUACUUUUAUUAUUAUUUAAUUGCAGAACAGAUGCUUUACAUAUUGUGACAGGGAAAUAAUCUAAACUGUACCUUAGAGUUACUGAUAAAAACAGACUCAGUCAGAGACUAUACACAGACAGAGACAGACUAGUUUAAAGGGAUAAAAUAUUUGUCAUAAAGAGGGAGAGCUUGAAACACAGGACUUUAAGUUAGUUUCUGUCUCCCCUCUGCAGUGCUAGGGGGGGACUACAGUACAGGCCUACUGCAGCUUUCACCCCACCACUUGCUCUGUGUUGAAGUUCACCAGGCUUUAAGAGGCAGCUGUGAACUUGUAGGAGGUGCUGGAGUCUGUUUGUUUAUGGCUUAAAGCGCAAACACACCUGAAUACUUCAAUAACAACACUAAAAUCCCGCUGUCAGGGCCCUCUUUGUGAAGUGGGAUCACAAGAGUACAGAUCAGGUCUGAGUAACAACUUCAGACGACCUUACAUCUAAAUCACUAAAGGUUAGGAGAAGAAAGAUGAGGCUGAGCAGUUCCUCUGUUGGGGGGAGAGGGGUUACAUUUAAGAGCUUUGUCUUCAAAGUUCAAACUGAAUCAUUAUACAGUUGGAAAAUGAUUGGAUUUACACCUGUAUUUAUCGUGUACCUUUCCCCCAUCUUGUUGUCUCUCUCCCUCCCCCUGUCCUCUCCCCCUCUCCCCUCUUCUCUCUACAUUCCUCCCCAACCCAGCAGCGGCAUGGUGGCUGUCUAGCAUGAGGCUGGUCCUGCCCAAGGUUUCUGCCUGUUAAAAGGAAGUUUUUCCUUGCCACUGUAACUCAUGUUAGUUGAGAUGGGCCAAAACCCAUCUUAGGUUGGUUCUUGAUCAUCAAACAAUGAGCGUGGUCCAGACCUGCUCUUGUUCCUUGAAAAGCGUCUUGAGAUGACGACUGUUGUGAAUUGGCGCUAUAUAAAUAAAAUUUGAUUGAUUGAUUGAUUGAUUGAUUGAUCGUGUUUCAUGUUGAGAUCAAGGCUUUAACAAUCCCUUUACAUCUGAGGGCCUCUGUCUAAUAACUCAAUUUUUUGCACCAUCAACAUCAUGAUGUCGAAAUCCAAUGCAGUUUGAUGUCUUCAGUGUGUAGCGCAAUAACUCCCUCAGCAUAAGCUGUUUUUUUUGUCACCAGGCUCACAGCAGUCUGAGUUAAUGAUAAUUCAUCUUUUGAAUUACCCCUGCAGUUGACAAUGUAAUUUCUCCCUCAUCAAUGAGUAAUGAUCAUGAAGAGGCAGGACUUCUGAUGCUAACUCUGUCAGUAACAAUUGGGGGGGUCAUUACCGUGGAGAAAGAAACCACACUUGUUUUUGAGUGUACAGUUUCCAGGUCUAGAGUACUACAAUGCAAUUUCUGUAAAUUGAUUAAAAUUUUCUUUGCAAAAUGUCUCUUAAAAAAAACUAAUAUGGAGCAAUUUGAUUACAAUCUUGAAGGUAAUAACUAGUGGAAGAGUCAUGGGCCAGCUUUAAAGUCAGUCAACAGUAAGCAGCAGUGAAAAGUGCUCUUACUUAAAAUGUUUUAAGUAGACACAGGCCCUGAAACUGCAGCUGGGACAUAGUUAGCUUAGCUCAGCUUGGAGACUGAGAUUAGGUGCAAACAGCCAGCUCGGCUCUAUCUCUGACUCCAGGAAGUCAGUGUUACUCUAGACCAGUGGCAGCUGCUGGUCUUUCAAGGAGGGGAAGCUCAUUUUUCUGGCCUACAUCAUAAUUGUGUUUGUAUAUUUGUAUGUAACAGAACAGAGUCGCCAAACACAACAGCAGUCGUUUUUAACAAAGACAAAAGUCGCUGAGGAUCGGUAAAGUCUGCGGAGCAGUUAAGAACAACGGAAUGAAUAACUUGGAAAAUGCUCUGGUAGAUGUUUUAUUCUUUAAGAUUGCUGAUUCGCUUGUUUAGAUGUCAAUCAAAAAAGGAUUUCGCCUCAGACAGCUCAUCCAAUCAUGGAUGCAGAAGCUCAGCGUCCACGAGAAAGUUGGGACCGCCCUCUCGUCAUAGAACUCCAGAGACGCUUAGCAGCCGAUGGGCGGGACAAAGCCCAGCAUUUAUCCGAUGAGCGUCUAGUUUCGCUGCUGGAACAACCCACUUUGAGCUUCUACAUUGAAGUAAGCAGACGCUGAGCGUCCGGCUGUGUGAAGCAGUGAGGCGCUGCGAGGAUGAAUGAGAACGAAGUUGUGCCGGUUACCUGUGAUUAUUAGAAAGCCUUCACCUUUUGUUCUGAUUCUGAACAAAAGGUGAAGGCUUUCUAGCGCAUAUUUAGUUGAUGAAAUGUUCACACAGCAGUACGUAUUUCACCACUUUUACUUGUUUUUGGGGGGGUGACAUUUUAAGGGAAGCUGAGCUUCCCUUGCAGUCUUAGAGAAAUCGCCACUGCUCUAGACCUACUUUAGACCAAAGACCUGAAUUUGGCAUUUUAAGGACAUUUAAUCAGAUAGGCUGUUAAUUAGGGUAAUUCGGAGAUGUAGUUUUGCUCAUUUUACAGUAACAAUUCAUUUAAAGUUAGAAGUUGGCUUAUUCAUGUUACGGGUUUAGACUAGCAGAAAAAUCAUGCCAUAUGCACAUUUACAUAUAUAAUGCCAUGUAAUUUCCUACUCAAGCUAUUUAAGUGACAAGCCAAAAGGGAGCCUUAGUCUGAGAUAACACCACUGAACCAGAAAAAGUAUAAAAGCUUUAUGUAUUACUAACAAACAAGACAGCCAGUGUGAUAUCAAUGUUUUAGUCUAACACUUGUCAAAAAGGCAGAUGAGGGCUAAAAGGCUCUGUGAACUAUCAUUGUUGUGUUUGCGUUUGGAAACUGUUCAUGUUCUGGUGUUAAAAUUCACUGAGUGCUUUAGUUACCUGGGAAUGAGUUUUUUCUUUUUUUUCUUUAAUAAAGACAACAUAGAGCUAAGAUUUACACAGCUAUAUUUAUACAUGCUCAGCCAGAGAGAGGCAGACUAAUAAAGGAACAGACCCUUGUGACUUCUCUCUCUCUCUCUCUCUCUCUCUCUCUCUCUCUCUCUCUCUCUCUCUCUCUCUCUCUCUCGCUGAUCUCAGACAUUCUCACAGCUUUGAUCAUUUUUACAGUAAAUCUCGCUCCACCAUAAUCUCAGGUUUAACUCAAUGCCUGAUGUUUUUUUUAUUUUCUCGUCUCUCUUGUUUUAGUGUUUUUACAUCUUUUGGAGCAAGUCCAACUUUAGUCUCAAGUCUUUAAAAAUUUAAUUCAAGUUCAUGAAAAAAUUAGUUGUCAGUCAAAAUCUAUUAAUCAAAUAAAAAAAAAAUCUUUCUUCAAAAACUUAAGCUUUUCCCGUUUUGAUAAGAUUCAAAUUUUUGUAAAAUUUUGCUUGCAGAAAUUAAAUUAAAUCUUCAUCACUGGAGACUAGAUGUGUAUUCAUCCAUUCAUCCACACAGCAUGUUCGUUUUGCAGCUUUAAAAAGCAUUAAAAGGAAUUCCCCUUUUUAUGGUAAAAAGUCAUUCCCCUUUCUCUCUCUUGCUCUCUCUCUCUUUCUCCCUGACACACACACACACACACACACACACACACACACACACACACACACACACACACACACACACACACACACACACACACACACACACACACAUUUGUGCUAUUUGUGUUAACACGCUGCUGCUGUAUGUGUUUGUGUCUCAGGACAAAGACAUGGAGGGGGAGGAAGAGGAGGAGGAAGCUGUGACUGUAGUAUCCAAGGUAAACUACACAAACAGCUAUUUGGACAUUAUACAGACACAAACACUGUUAGCAUUGCUUUGAGUCUGUUCUUACCCACCUCUCUACUUAUACACAGUAUAAAACAGACAAUAUCUCUGUGUUCACAGUAUCAUACUUGUGACAUUACCUUGUUAGUUUAACCUUAAAAAAAUCAAUCUCAUGUCUCUUAAACAGUCUCCAACCUUUGACUCAUCUCAGUGCUCUUGAAUCUAUAGCAUACAAAGUGUUUUUUGGUACAUCUGGGGUGGAGCAGGGAGGUCAGAAGACUACAGUGUUUAUCUGUAAACAUGGCAGGCUUCAGUUGUCAUCCCGUUCUUUAUCUUUCACACUUAUCACUGGAAAACUGUCUUGUUUGUUGUUGUGGCGCACACAUGUCUGUUAACAUAGUGUCAUUCUUUUCCUUAUCCAUAGCUUGAGAAAGUAGGAGAGGUCCAUUACUCUGUCUCUCUCUGAAUGAGAAGAUGUGUCCAAUAUAUAUAUAUAUAUAUAUAUAUAUAUAUAUAUAUAUAUAUAUACAGUACAGGACAAAAGUUUGGACACACCUUCUUAUUCAAUGCAUUUUCUUUAUUCUCAUUACUAUUUAAAAUGUAGAUUCUCAGUGAAAGCAUCAAAACUAUGAAUGAACACGUGGAAUCAUGUGCUUAUGAAAAAGGUGACAGAGUCAGUCACUAAGUACUGUCAUCAAGAGCAAAGGGUGGCUACUUAAAAGAAAAGAACAUAAAACAUUUUUUCAGUUAUUUCACACAAGUACAAAAUUCCACAUGUGUUCAUUCAUGGUUUUGAUGCCUACAGUGAUAAUGUACAAUGUAAAUAGUCAUAUAUAUAUGUAUAUAUACACUCACCGGCCACUUUAUUAGGUACACCAUGCUAGUAAUGGGUUGGACCCCCUUUUGCCUUCAGAACUGCCUCAAUUCUUCGUGGCAUAGAUUCAACAAGGUGCUGGAAGCAUUCCUCAGAGAGCUUGGUCCAUAUUGACAUGGUGGCAUCACACAGUUGCCGCAGAUUUGUCGGCUGCACAUCCAUGAUGCGAAUCUCCCGUUCCACCACAUCCCAAAGAUGCUCUAUUGGAUUGAGAUCUGGUGACUGUGGAGGCCAUUUGAGUACAGUGAACUCAUUGUCAUGUUCAAGAAACCAGUCUGAGAUGAUUCCAGCUUUAUGACAUGGCGCAUUAUCCUGCUGAAAGUAGCCAUCAGAAGUUGGGUACAUUGUGGUCAUAAAGGGAUGGACAUGGUCAGCAACAAUACUCAGGUAGGCUGUGGCGUUGCAACGAUGCUCAAUUGGUACCAAGGGGCCCAAAGAGUGCCAAGAAAAUAUUCCCCACACCAUGACACCACCACCACCAGCCUGAACCGUUGAUACAAGGCAGGAUGGAUCCAUGCUUUCAUGUUGUUGACGCCAAAUUCUGACCCUACCAUCCGAAUGUCGCAGCAGAAAUCGAGACUCAUCAGACCAGGCAACGUUUUUCCAAUCUUCUAUUGUCCAAUUUCAAUGGGCUUGUGCAAAUUGUAGCCUCAGUUUCCUGUUCUUAGCUGAAAGGAGUGGCACCCGGCGUGGUCUUCUGCUGCUGUAGCCCAUCUGCCUCAAAGUUCGACGUACUGUGCGUUCAGAGAUGCUCUUCUGCCUACCUUGGUUGUAACGGGUGGUUAUUUGAGUCACUGUUGCCUUUCUAUCAGCUCGAACCAGUCUGGCCAUUCUCCUUUGACCUCUGGCAUCAACAAGGCAUUUCCGCCAACAGAACUGCCGCUCACUGGAUAUUUUUUCUUUUUCGGACCAUUCUCUGUAAACCCUAGAGAUGGUUGUGCCUGAAAAUCCCAGUACAUCAGCAGUUUCUGAAAUACUCAGACCAGCCCUUCUGGCACCAACAACCAUGCCACGUUCAAAGUCACUCAAAUCACCUUUCUUCCCCAUACUGAUGCUCGGUUUGAACUGCAGGAGAUUGUCUUGACCAUGUCUACAUGCCUAAAUGCACUAAGUUGCCGCCAUGUGAUUGGCUGAUUAGAAAUUAAGUGUUAACGAGCAGUUGGACAGGUGUACCUAAUAAAGUGGCCGGUGAGUGUAUAUAUAUAUAUAUAUAUAUAUAUAUAUAUAUACAUACAUACAUACAGUUCAGGCCAAAAGUUUGGACACACCUCCUCAUUUAAUGUCUUUUCUUUAUUUAUACUACUUAUGUACGUAUAUGCAACAUUUUAGUGUCUUAUUUUUAUUAAAUUUGCAAAAUGUUCUAAAAAAAGUUUUUUUCUUUGUCAGUAUGGGUUUUUUUGUGUAGAAUUUUUGAGGGAAAAAGGGAAGAACAAAAUGUGGAAAAAGUGAAGUGGUAUGAAUACUUUCUGGAUGCACUGUAUAUGUGUGUGCGUGUGUGUGUGUGUUUGUGUGUGUGAUGUGUGACUUUACAGACCUCACUUAUGGCUGUCACUUAAAGUUUCUCUCUUUUUUUUUCAAAGAGGAACAAAUACAAAAACAAAUACACUGUAUUCCCACACCUAUCAUGCUGUGACAGUGGCAAGAAAACAAAAGCAUGUAGAUGUUUUCUGAGCUAUCAGGUUAAGCAAGGUGAGGUCAGUCUGUCACUGUCACCAGAAAUGGUCAACAAAUUUAACUUGUAUGUGGUGUAUGGUAAUAGUACUGGACCCAAGAGCAUACAGGACAACAGGCUGAUGACGGAGGAACAGGGUUCUUUAAUGAUUACAGGCAGUGGCAGGCAGAGUCUGAGUUCAGAUUGAGUUAUGGCAGAGUUGUGUUUCCGUAGGUGGUGAAGGGGUUUUAGCUGCAGGCUUGAUGCUGGAUAGGCUGAAUCUUCUGGAUCUGAGGCAGAGGGAAAAAAACAGUUAGUUUCGCAGGAAAACAGGUCUCAGGGGAAAAACUCUGAGCAGAGGAGCCAGUUCACUACCAGGGAGUAGACUGAAUAAUCUGGCAGCGUGUGGAGGGGAAACCAGGGUAUUUGAAGAGCUGCUGAUGAGAUGCAGGUGUGUGAUCUGGCCAGGUGUCUUGAUUGCAAAGGUGGGGGUGGAGGCAGAGGAGCAGGAGGCUGAGGAAUUCCAGCCAGGGCUGUGACAUUGUAUCUACUUUUAAAUAUUUGGGGGUUCUUGAUCGAUGACCACUUGUCUUUUAAGGCCCAUACUCAGUAUACUGUCAAGAAGCUGAAGUUUUUCUUUCAAGUGAAGUCUUGUUUUUCUUUUAGGGUGAAACAGAAACUGGUGGAGUCAACCUUUAUUCAGUUUAUUGAUUAUGGUAAUGUGUUAGAUAUGAAUAUAUAUGCUCAAUGCCUCCACAUGCUGGAUAGUGUGUAUCAUGAUGCUCAUAUGUUUAUCACAAACUGUGAUGAGCUAACUCAUCUCUGUGUCUUAUACACUAAAGUAAACUGGCAUCUUUAGAUAUGCGCCAGCUCAGCCGUUGGUAUGUCUUAAUUUACAAGGCUGUUCUUGAGAUGGUUCCAUCUUAUUGAUCAUCCCUUUUAAUCUUAAAUGAUAGGUUCUACAGUCUCUGCUCUCAGGACUUUUUAUAUUUUACUGUUCUUCAGGUGUGAACAGACACAGGGAAGAAAAUUUUGAAUUUCUGCUCCAAGUACAUGAAACAUUCUGCAGCAGAGCUCCAACUCCAAAGUCUGAUGUCUCUGAAUGUAUUUAAGUCCAUGAUGAAUUCCAUCACAUCCAGGCUUCAGGAGUGCAACUGUUUUAUUUGAGUGCAAGUGUUUUUUUAAAAUAAUCUUGUAAAUUCAAAUGUUAUUUGUAUUUUGAUUAACUAUGUUUCAUGUGACUAUGUAUGUGUUGAAACUUUAUGUGCUGUUAUUCUUGACCAGGUCUCUCUUGCAAAAGAAAUCUUGGAUCUCAAUAGGACUAAUGUGGUUUAAUAAAGGUUGUAUAAUAAAUAAAAAUGCCCUGAGAGUCUCAGUCAGUCAAAUUUAUUUUGAAGACAAACAAAAAUCAAAAAGUCAAAAUGCUAUCCAAGCUAUUUAUCUUGAACAUCCACCAGAGGCAGCGUCCUAAUUCGCCACUUCAACUUUGACCCACUUGGUGUAAUUGUGUUGACAAAGUUGCAUUGUGUAAUCAGGUGUUAUUACAGACAUUUUUGUGAGUAGAAGAAAGGAUUUGAUUGUAAACACAGGGAUGCUGGAAGGCAGUCAUUGUUAGGGAUGUUGAGAGAAGCCAUACUGCAUCUUGAAACUGAGGCUAAUGAAUUUGACUGCUCAGCUCUAUUCGUACAAUGGUUACUUAGUGAGACACAGAUUGUAAACAGGUUAAAUUAUGUUGUUUUAGGUGUUUUUAACAUGAUUCAAGUCAUCAGUGUUACAUCUCAUUUCCCCUAAGAGUCUGGUAAACCUGCAGGCAGGCCCAUUGCUAUCUGAACAGUAGAUUUUAACUUCAGACCAUACAUAUGUCCCGAACAUACAGAAAACACACAGGCCUCUGUAUGAAAUAUGUUGAUCACCGGGUAAAGUUUUACAUAGGCAUUAUGAAUCAGCUUAACUGUAUUAAUUAUUAAACUCUACAGACACACUGACAUGAUCAGACAUGAUCAAAAAGUUGGCUUACCUUGUGCUUAAAAUCAAAGACAGGCAUUUAUUUAUUUUUGCUGUUAGAUCACAUGAGUGUCUUGUACUUUGUGCAUCAUGGACACUGGUCUAUUUUAAUAUCUGUUACCUCAUACAAAUUUAGUGCUGGAUUUUUGAAUGAGUUCUGCACUGAUCCAGCAUUUGAUCAACAACUAUUUGGCUCAUUUUUGUCUCAAACUCUUAAAGAGAAUGCCAAAAUAAGAUCUAAGAAGUCAGAUCAAGGUACUUUUAUGUAAAAGGUUUGCCUAAGGAAGUGUAAAGUUGGCUUAAAGUCACUGUGAGACUCUGGAAGAGGGAUUGUUUGUGGCCUUUGUGUUUGCAGCACCUUUAUCUACAGCUGUGCUUACUCUGACUAAUGUGUAUGUGAGAGAUUAUAAACUGUGUGACCUUGUUCAUGAAAGACAUGUAACAUCUCCUGAUCUGUACUGGAAGCAAGGCUUAACUGAGAGGUGUGGUUGUGUUAAACUCCUCUGACCAUCUUAAGCUUGAGUGUUAUCCUGAAACACUCGUUGUACAUUGUCUCUAAAUUCUGACUACCUUCCUGCUGGAUGUAAAGCCUCUGUAGGUGACUUAGUUCACAGGACAUAUUUUACGACCUGUUCUGUUAGUGAGGAUAAGAGUGGCGGAGCUGGAGAGGGGAAGGAAACGCAGCAUUCUUUCGAGGAGCCGGGCUUUUUAGAUGGGAACAAUCACUGUGGAAGAAAAACAAAGCUGAAAAUAGCCACAGACAGCUCUGACACUGUGAAAGGCUGCAAUUCUUCCAAUGUCUGUGGUCUUAUGCUCAUAUUAGGUCAGAAAAAGUCCAGGUUGAGGAGGUCACCUUUCACUGUAAAAGGCUGAUUUCAUGGACAGAUCAAAGAAGUAUUUCCCUUAGGGCUGUUUGACCUUUUCCCCAACAUGGAGUUCACCAAAUUCUGCUUAAUGAGAGUAUUUAUCGUAAUAAAUAUAAUCUAUUUUCUAGUUUUUAUACCAUUGAAACAACACUUGGUUGGUCAAGCAACAUAUUCAUUAACAAUUAAUUCCAGUUGUCCAUAGAUAUUAAGGCAACAGUUUAGCUUUGCUCUCGUGUGAAAUCAAGUAUUAACUUGGUUUUUGCAAUAAAAACUGUCUGGUAACAACAUAAACCAAUACUUCUAAACCCAAAUGCCACUUAAAUCACCAAGUUUCUAUUUAUGGGGUACUGCUGGAAGAAUGUGGUCCAAUAAGAGCUCUAUUGUUCUGCCAAGCAUUGAGCUACAGGUAAAGCUCCCUCACACAGCAGGUCUCUGUAAGCUACUUGGUUUACCUACAUUUUGGCAGGAGAGAUUAUCAAACACUGAGCUGCUUUGGAUCUAGAGGCCCCUGAGGUUAAAGCUGAGGAGAAUGGUGAAUAGGCAGGCCUCUGUAUGUGCACAUGCAUGCAUGCAAAGAUACAGCUGGAAUUCAGUACACACACGUAGAUAUACUCAAUCUGUUUUGGCAUCUCUGGUUUCUGCUUUGCAAAGCUGGAACUGCAGCAAAUCUGAUCCAUGGUUUACACUUGACAGCGCAUAAGAUACAGAGGGCAGAGAGAGGGGGAGGCAGGAAGGGUAGAGAUAGGAGGGUGGUGAAAUAGCAAAGACUAAUUUUUGAAAUAUUUUGAUGAUAAUAAACUCUGUGAAACUGGCAGUGUUGUGCCUCUUGGCAUGUUCAAGAUGAGAGGCGAGGGGAGGAUUUAGAUUUUUCCUUUAUCAGCACCAGUGCUGGUCUCCCUCUGAGAUACCAAAGAUAGGUUGAGUUAACAAAUCCAUCUGAGGUUGCAUAGUUUUAAAAGGAAGAAGAGAUCUUGUGUGGGGCCUUUCAGUGUCUACGUGUGUUACUUAAAGGGCUAAAUCAUUUGUUGGGGUUGAUCUUAUCUUGACUCUGAGAUUUUGAAGUGUAAUCUCAGACUUGAUGACAGAUCUUAUUAUGAGUGUUCCUGUUUGGUUUGACAGCUUUCAUGUCUAUAUCCUCAGAUCUUGAACAGAGAACAAAAAAGGAGAGAAAAAAAGAGCCUAUGUGUUGGUGUUCUAUGUGCAUGCUGUGCUUUGAACUGAGCACAUCCUGGACAGGUAAAAUAUAGAAACAAAAGGGAAAUUUUACAAAGGUUGACAAGGUCAGAUUCAGUCAUCAAAUAACGUUCUGGGAAUGUUUUGAUAAUGGUACAGCAAAGGCAGGCACGAAUGUGGAAGGAGUAAAUGCUCUGACCCUGACAAUUGACAUUGGGAAUUCUUCCCAGGCAGGCACAGAAAAAAAUGGAGCCAAAAGUUAGCUCUAUAAUCACUGUGGAGGGCAGUAUCAAUCUGUGCAAGGGCAGGGAGGAGUUCUUAUUUGACAUAGGUGUCUGAGGAAGUUUCAGCAGGAGUUGAGGGUUUACUACAGGAAUGUACCCAAUGUUACUGCCAGGGCAGUGCCGCUCAGGUAUCUACUCCUUAUAGCUAUCAAUAACAGUGACUCUGUGGUUAUGAGGUUUUUCACUGUAUGAAGUAGCUAGACAAGCCUUUUGUAAAUUGGCUGUAUGGACUGACUUUUUUAGGAAAAGAUUAAUUGUAGUUUACCUAGGUGACUUGCCAAGAGUUGGAUAUUAGUUUUGAUCAUUUUUCAAUCUUUGCAGCAAUAAAUUAGCUUAAACCAGCAUAUACUAGCUUUGCACAAAGACCAGAAAUAGGAAAAAAGGGCUAUCUUAGCUCUAUUCACAUUGAACAGAAUAAUUUCUAUACUAGAACCUAAUGUACGACAUGUUUUAGCUUGGUUGAUGGUAAACAUUAUUUUUAAACAAUAAAUUUUACUGCGCAAGUGACCAUGCCAUCUGAGACUUGGUGUAAAAGUCAGCCAUCAAAAGACCCUCAAUGUAUCCUUUGCAUAGAGUGCCACGAGUGCCAUGCUUUUCUGUCAGGGGUGUAGCUUUUUAGCCAGCUAGCAACAGAGGGUUUUUUUUUUAAUACGGUCACAUAGGCAGUUCCAGCCUCUUGUCAAGUUUCAUUAUGUGCCAAGCUAAAAUAAGCUAAGCUAAGCUAUGAUAAGCCUUACUACAAUAAGCUAAACUGAGUAGAUGCUCUGUGAUCCAAAAUAAAAAAGCUAUAAUGUCUACUGUUGUUUCCAGCAGGAAGCUAAGGUGAAGAAAAUCAUGUCCAAAAAGGAGAGGAGGGAGAAGAAGAUGUUUUCCUCCAAAGAUGACGAACACUUCUUGUUGACUGGAGUAAAGCUAACUGACCGCAGAGGGUAAGAUAACUCACAACCAUAUGUUGGUCAACCUACUCAGUGUUUCUUCAAUCUCAAGCAUGUGAUGAAGAUUAUCUCCAUCACAUGCUUGUUAUUGUACUUGAAACCUUCUUGGAGUGUAUAGUGCUCUCACUUUGUGUUUUUUUUCUGCAACCAUAACAAUAACUUUCAAGUGCUUUAAAGGAGAGGCAGUGAUAGUUUGUCACAUUUCUCACAAAGGACAGCUCUUAUUUUUAAAAUAUCUAAAUUAAUCGUUGGACUUGUCUGGGAAAUUCGAUUGUAGAAUUUCAGCAUUUGUUUCUGUUUUUCCAGAUGAAAAUUGAUUUUUUAUCUUUGAGUGAGAAGUUUCGGUAUUUUUGACUUUUAUGAAAUAUACAAAUUUUAACAGUUAAUUUUUUAUAUCAAAAGCCAGCAAGACCAUCCGCGACAUGAUUGAUGAUUUAUAUAUCAUAAGUUUUAAUGUGCAAAAUCAGUUAAAGGGGAUACGUGUCAACUGAGCAGUUGAAUGAACAGCCCUGUUUUCAUAAUUUACAUGUUAAAAUACUCACAAUAACUGAUUAUAAUAAUAAAAUGAAGGACAAGAAAUAAUGGAGUCACAUACUUGCUUGUGUUUAUAUGUGAGACAGGUCCUUGCCCAUAAGGAAGUAGAACAUGUAUGAAAAGGAAACUUAAUCACUCCGCAGGGACCUUAGAAAGCUACAGUCUCCGGUGUAGAGAUAUAACAAACUAUUCAAAUCAUAGUUAAGAUGGGAUUUUUUUUUAACCAUUUCUCUUUCUCUACUUAUGUUUUCUCUCAGAUCUCACAAGAAAAUCAAAGAUGAUGAGAAGGAAAAGGAGAAGAAGGACAAACCAGAGAAGGGCCACUGCUUCUGGGAGAGCGUUACAAUGACCAUGAGACAGAUCUCACCUGCUAAAAAAACGGAGAAGAUGGAGGGCUGGGAGCCGCCGCAGCUAUUGAACGCAACUGAAACUGUGACUGAGGAAACCCCAAAUGGCAAUAGCAAGAAGGCAGACUUGCCAGUGACUUUCUCUGAUUCUCUUAACCUCCCGUUAGAAAUAGCUUCCUGGGGAGGACAGGGUCUGGAGGAGGACUCGUCUCGCUAUGCUAACCUGAUGGACUCCAAGGAUCCAGCGGCUGCUAUCACGUGGACCUCUCGCGCCAAAGUGAAGCUGGCUGGCAUCAGUAGGAUGAGCAGAGGGAUUGUGUCAGAGGGCACAUGGGAGGGGCUGAAAUAGUAGAGUUUUUACAUUUGUACCCUCUAUUUUGUCACCUGGUGAAUGUUAACAAGGAGGAUGAAGACAUGGACUUUAAAUCUGUUUGUUUCUGUAGUCCAGUUCUGGACAAAACCAGUACUAACCGAUGUGGAGAGGCUGCAAUCAAGUCCUGAACGAGACACAUGGAGUUCGUCUUCAUGAUUUUAGCUCCCAAGCCCUUGAAGGCAAACAUGGUCAGUUUCAUCGUUGGGCCUUUUGCCACUUUUACAUCACUGACACAAACUGUAAAAUACAAAAAAUUCAAGCCUUACACUGCUGUACCAAUUUAACUGUGAUAUCCACCAGCCCGGUGUUGAGAUGUUUUAUAUUGCCUAGAAUAAGAAGUGUGGUUUUCAUGUAAUAAUGGCAAAAAUCAUGCACACUUGCCACUAAAGGUGUUGUGUGGUCAUCAUGGUCAUUCCUGCCUAUGCAGUCACAACAUCAGGUCUAAAACCUCAAUUUAUACGUCUUUAAUCAGCCUUGAUUUGUGCAAUUAUGAAACAAUUAAUGCAAAAGUUUGAUUACUGGUAUUUAUAUGUGACAGUGUGUUUUUGAAAAAGAAAGAGUAACAGUGGUGAGAAGACAGGUAAGAAUCCUGAGUUGCUUUCAAAGGAAGAAUCAAAGUGCUAGUCUUGUGUCGGGAGCAUUUGGACUUCCUGAAAAAUCAGAGCUUCCUUACAGGCUUUAACAUGUAUAAAUUUGAUGUAGACUUCAGUUAACAUUUAUGACUAUUAAAACACAAAUGCCAGACUCUGUUUCCAGAAAAAAAGAGACCCCACACACCUAUGAAGUGCCUAAUCUCAGAAGAAUGACAUUGUGUUUGUUCUGCAUUUGAACCAGACCAAAUCCUCUGGGCUCAGGCUUAUACAAUCUAGGAAGGUGCAGCUAGGUUGACCCAGCUUGCACUUGUUCUGCCGAUACCUCCUGUUUCCAGUUUGAAACCAGCAGGAAUGGAAGAAGAGUUUAUCUGCUACAUGAAUUAAUACUGGCCAGUUCUUAAAUGCUGUUAGCAAAAGUGUAUAUCAUGUUUGCAAUGAGACAAUGUAAUUUCAUUUCUGUGAUUAUUUGAUUUGUUUUCUUUUAAGUGAAUGAGAACUGCUUGUCUGUGCUUUCUCUGUUUUGUGAAUGCCUGUAAACAGACUUUGUUUGAAACUUAAGUUUCCAGACAACCAUGUACACAGAUGCAAGCCCACAUCCAGGGACAUAUUUUCUCGUGGUGAAUAAAGAUUUGACCUGACA